CGUCCUCGUGCGGUGCCGCGGGGAGGAGGGAGGGGGAGGGAAGCGCCGGAAGGGGUAUGAUGUCACGUCCGGGGUUCGCUGGCUGCGUCUCCUCGCUGGGCCCCGCGACAAGAUGGCGGACCUGUCGCUGGACGAGCUCAUACGGAAGCGCGGCGUGACGGGGAAGGGCAGGCUUAACACGAGGCCAGUAUUUGGAGGUGUAAGAUCUCGCAUUGGGAUCCAGCAAAAUCUUCUGAGUAGAUCGUCACCAGCUGUCAACUUCCAGCGGACGUUCGAUGCCCGACAGAAGAUCGGCCUCACUGAUGCCCGGCACAAACUGGGGGUUAAAGAUGCUCGGGAAAAACUGGUGCAAAAGGACGCUCGGUUCAAAAUAAAAGGGAAGGUGCAGGAUGCUCGAGAGAUGUUGAAUUCCCGUAAGCAGCAAAGUGUUGCUGCUGAAAAGGUGACCAAAGUGGUGGAUGCCAGAGAGAAGAUCAGUUUGAAAAGGAACACUCCAGCUGCUAUCAGCCCAGCUAUGGGGACAGUAAAUCCAGCUGUGAAAAUCACCAAAACUAUUCAAAAAGCUCCAGUCCCCGGACACUCUCAUCCAGCAGGAAUGAGGAUCAACGUGGUGAACAACCAUACACACAAGCAGGGUCUGUAUGACAUGGAAGAUGAUGAUGAAAGUGUCUCUCCCCUUCCUAGCAAACAGAUGAAAAUCACCACCACAAACAGUUUCCUGCACAACGCGACUGGGCUGAGUGGCAAUAAGUUCUCUCUGUCCAAGACUGUUCCCCUGACUAAAGUGGUCCAGAAUGAUACGUACACGGCUCCACCUGCACCUCCUUCCCCAAUGCGGACAAAGGCCUUGACAAACAUGUCCCGGACCUUGGUGACAAAGGAGGAGCCUCCAAAAGAGCCAGCGCCUGUUGAGCUGGCGUUCAGUCCCUUGGAAGGCACAAAGAUGACCGUAAACAAUCUGCAUCCUCGCGUCACUGAGGAGGACAUUGUUGAGUUAUUCUGUGUGUGUGGCGCUCUGAAGCGAGCCCGACUGGUGCACCCAGGAGUGGCUGAAGUAGUCUUUGUGAAGAAAGAAGAUGCAAUCACAGCAUAUAAGAAAUACAACAACAGAUGCUUAGAUGGUCAACCAAUGAAAUGCAACCUUCAUAUGAAUGGGAAUGUCAUCACCUCAGACCAGCCUAUAUUGCUGCGAUUGAGUGAUACUCCUUCAGUGAAGAAGGAAGGGGAACCACGCCGGACAAGUGCAAGCACUGCGUCAAAUCCCCCAGCUGAGGUGGACCCUGACACCAUCUUGAAGGCACUCUUCAAAUCCUCAGGGGUCUCUUCCUCUGUGCAGCCCACAGAAUUCAAAAUCAAACUCUGAGAAGGAGGAGUGAGCAGUGGACUGGAAAACUCAAUUAAGUUGGGGAAUGAGAAAAGUGCAGGAGUGCAGAUGUUGUUUGCAUUUGCCUGCCUCGAAGUUUUUUUUUGUUUUCUAUGAUCGCUACCUUACUGUACAAUAGUGUUUUCCUCUUGUGUGUGUAUUUUCUGUUUUCAUAGUUGGAGUUUUCUUCCACUAUUUUUUUUCCAAGAGAAUAACCUCGCCCUUCUGCCGGUAAUAUAUUACUAAGCAUAUACCAUGUAAUUCCCUCCUUUACUCCGAAGCCCUUAGUGGCCAUUAAAAGUGCACAUAGACUGUGAGGGAAGGGGUGGCCAUCUCCUUCUCUUCUGUCCUACCUUUAACUAAAAGGUGCAUCCCCUGGAUUUUCAACAGGCAAGAACAACACACUGUUUCCAAAAUUGCUGCACCGGGUACGAAGUCAGGUGUGGCCACAUACAGGAAGUGCCAUCUUGCAUCUUUGACUCGUAUGCAUUUGGUAGCAUACUGUUUCAUUCUGACUGCUGGGUGUUUUUCUGCUCAGCGGCUGUGACGUUGAGAAGUGUGAAAAACUGAGCUUCCCACCGUGUGUACCAGCCAGUGGAGGCAUCGGGCACAAAGGACAUCAUGCAGCACCCAUUGUGCUACAGGAGGGGUGCUUCAACUCUGGUAAUACGCAGAGGCGGGGGAAAAAACGGCUCUGCCGUUUGUACAGUGAACAUAUUAGCCCCGUAGGGUGAGGCUGAGUUAUUUUCUCCUGUGUCGACUGAAAAUUAAGAACCAGGAUUGUGUUCAGAGCUAGAGGAAAUCCUAGUGUUUCAUUCCCAGUAGACUGUAUUGCAUCUUCCUGCCGAUGCAGGGACAUCAAGUUUUUUCUUACCUUCUGACUUAACCAGUCUCCUUUUAUGAAAAGGAAGGAGCUGGGGCCUUUUUCUGAUACUAACAUGUAAGAAGCAGUCUUCACUUGCCCUGGAGAAAUCACUUUCUUGAGAGGUAUAAUUUGGGCAAUGUUUGGCUGCUGUGCUGGCCUGUUGCUCACAUAAAUGGAUUUGGAGGAUGAUCACUGUGCUUCGUUGCUGCAAGUUUUGGAGGAGAGCAGGCAGCACUGUGUAAGGGACGCUUGGAGAGGAGUGUUAAGCAAGUCCCCUGCUGAGCAGCAAGGAUGAAACUUCGGCCAGUGAGCAUCUGUGAUGAGCCACAGGCCACUAGGUGGCACUUCCAAUACCUCCUUCGUUAGUACAGCAUUAUUGUCAUGGAUAUUUGAAGUCCCAGUAGCUCCAUUUGUUUGUAUUAGUUCAAAUUGUAUUAUAAGAGAGGAAAGGAAAGAGCCACUUCGAGAAGCUGGUUGGGGGUUGAAUUUGAUCCUUCUAGCUAGGAGAUUAACCUAACCCAUUCGGUUCAGGUCUGCAGAACUUCAGUGAGCUUUCCGUAAUCGGUGUAGGUCCAGAUUCUCCAGGUCCCGAUUCUUGGUCAGCCCUGUGUUUCUUUUGCUUUCUUGUUCUGUAUGAAUUCUGCUCUAUCUAGCUGGUGCAAACCAUUCCUUAUCUCACUGCAUCCCUUUUAGCCAUGGAGAUAACUGAGAACUUGGCAGGACUUGUUUUUCCGGAGUACUCUCCUUGGUUUGGAAGCCAACGACACCAUUUCUGGUAGGGUGCUUUGUUUGAACAGCAGAUGUUUGUAGGGGAGGGGACUUAAGACAGCUGUUGUUCCCCUUUCUUAGAUCACCCACCAAACACCUGUGUUUUAAUAAAAACUGGGGGGAGGGCGGAGAAAUGUUAGGGUUGGAGAAGAUAAUGUAUUAUCUGUUUCUGAAUAAACGUUUGUUAUACGGA